CUGUCAGAGUCGGUGGCGGACCAGCGGACUGGCUGCUGCUGUUUGUGUUUAUUAUUUCCUUCCUCUUUUUAGCAUAGCCCCGACAUUUAUUUGAGAUAUAAGUAGAGGAGAUGGAAGACGACGCGCCCGUUAUUUAUGGGCUUGAAUUUCAGGCACGAGCUUUAGCACCACAGACUGCAGAAACAGAUGCAAUCAGAUUCCUGGUUGGCACUCAGUCUCUCAAGUAUGAUAAUCAGAUUCACAUCAUAGAUUUUGAUGAUGAAAAUAACAUUAUUAACAAGAACGUUCUACUGCAUCAAGUUGGAGAAAUAUGGCACAUGAGUACCAGCCCUGCAGAUAAAGGUGUACUGGCAACCUGCUACAAUAAAACUUCGGACAGCAAAAUCCUGACUUGUGCUGCUGUGUGGCGUAUGCCGAAGGAAUUGGAAUCAGGCAGUCAUGAAUCUCCUGAUGAUUCAUCAAGCAACCCACAGACCUUAGAGCUGCUUUGUCACCUUGACAACACAGCCCAUGGCAACGUUUCAUGUGUUCUAUGGGAGCCAAUGGGAGAUGGUAAAAAGAUAGCAUCAUUGGCUGAUAAUCAUAUUCUUCUUUGGGACUUGCAAGAAAGCUCAAGCAAGGCAGUGCUCUCAAAUUCAGCAACCCUGGAAGGAAAAGGUCAGUUAAAGUUUACUUCUGGACGAUGGAGUCCUCACCACAACUGCACGCAACUUGCCACAGCUAAUGACACUGUGAUUCGAGGCUGGGACACCAGGACCAUGAGUCAAGUCUACUGUGUGGAAAAUGCCCAUGGCCAGUUGGUACGAGACCUUGACUUCAAUCCCAACAAGCAGUACUACUUAGCAAGCUGUGGUGAUGAUUGUAAAGUGAAGUUUUGGGAUACCAGAAAUGUUCAGGAACCAGUCAAGGCUUUAGAAGAACACUCACACUGGAUUUGGAGUGUCCGAUACAAUCAUUCACAUGAUCAGCUGGUGUUGACUGCCAGCAGUGACAGCAGAGUCAUUCUUUCCAACAUGGUGUCUAUUUCUUCAGAGCCCUUUGGCCACUUAGUGGAUGAUGAUGACUUAAGUGACCAAGAGGAGAAUCAGCAUGAAGACAAGAAAGAGCCACUACAGGACAGCAUAAUAGCUACAUAUGAAGAACAUGAAGAUAGUGUUUAUGCAGUGGGAAUGGUCCUCAGCUGAUCCAUGGUUGUUUGCAUCUUUAAGUUAUGAUGGAAGACUUGUGAUAAACCGGGUACCACGGGCAUUAAAGUAUCGUAUUUUGUUGUAAUUUAGCAGCACAAUAAUUUCAGUUUUUGUUCUUAACUAUACAAGUA